CAAGGGCUUGUUUAGCACACUUUUUUAUCAUGAAAUGGAAAAUAUGUGAAAACAAUUCUCUUCCAUUGAUGUAAUUUCAUAUUUGUCAAGCAUAGCCAUUUAAAAAUCACGAAGACACAAAGAAAAACAUAUUGUAAUUAGGGUGAACCUUUGCCGAGACAACUCAAAUACAGAAGAUGAACAAGCAGAAUGCAUUAGACAGACUAAGGAAAGACAUCGGAAACUGUGAGAAACAUCUUAAAGAAUUUUAUUAUCAGGUCCUCUGCCAGAUCGAUGGCCAGAGAAUCCUGCCAACUAUACCACUGUGACAGAGGGCGCUAUCAUCCUCUUGAACCCUCAGACAAUACGUCAGACACCAGAGUCUGCAAAGAUGAGCAACACCACCACCAGUGUCUCAGAAUUUAUACUUCAAUGUUCCAUUGAAUCAAACCAGAAGACCAUUACGAUUUAUGUUCUUGGAUUCAUCUACUUUACCUCCGUGUUUGGAAAUCUACUGGUGAUCUUGGUAAUAAUCCUGAACCAUCAACUCCAUGCACCAAUGUACAUUUACAUUGGCACCUUGGCGGUGAUAGACUUAGCAAAUGGCUCAAUUCUUAUACCGAAGAUGCUCUCUGUUCUUCUUCUUGACUCUUCAGUGGUGCCUUAUGCAGCCUGCGUUUUGCAGAUGUUUCUUUUGUUUCAUGUUGAGGAGAUGGAAUCCCUUCUCUUAGCGUUUAUGGCCUUUGAUCGCUACGUAGCUGUCAUCUACCCUUUGCGGUACCCUUCACUUAUUACUAAUAAAAGAAUUGCCAUUGGUAUCUUAGUAACAAAUAUUGUUGGCCUGAUUUUGAAAUCUCCAAUCCUCUUUUUUGUUGGUGAACUUUCAUUUUGCCACACCAACAUCCUUCCUUUCUGUUUCUGUGAUUAUGGUACAAUUGUCCGAGUGUCAUGUAAUGAAGAUCCCAAAUAUUUAACAUCUUUGGCUGCUGGUGUGGCUACAACUGGUGCCUUCCCACUAUUUUUAAUUCUUCUGUCCUACAUUCGGAUUGUUAUAGAAGCAUUGAAGAUUUCUUCGGCAGGUGGAAGAAGUAAGAUUUUCAGCACUUGCUUGACCCACCUGGUAGUGGUUGGACUCUUUUAUAUUCCACUUCUACUGUCUUAUAUAUUGUCGGGAGCAGGAGCAACAAUACCAACAGAAAGCUAUAAUAUUAUGUUUAUUCUUGGAAAUGUAAUGCCUCCUAUGAUGAACCCAAUUAUCUACAGUUUUAGAAAUAAAGAAAUAAAUAAAAGCAUUGAAAAACUCUUUUCUAGGAAAACAUUAACUCCUAAAAGGAGGGAAUAAAAUAAAUAUCCCACACUGAAAUUUAGUAAACGUAUG